CAAGAAUAAAACGUCAUUUUUUUUUUUAGAGAGGUCGCUGACGUAGAUGUACUUAAUUAUCGAAGAAAAAUACGGGAAUUUUGAAAGGUAAGAGGUCGCUGGAGUGUGACGUCGUAGAACAUGUCGAUUGGUAAACAGCGAGACAGUAAAUUACACAUUUGUGUUUCUAAAUGAGUUCUGGGAGCGUUAAUAAGUUUUAAAUCAAAGAAAAUGAAAUUCAAUUUUGGAAGAAAUUCAAAAAGAAACAUCAAAUUCGAUUUCACGAAUGAUCCAAAAUUAAAGUUAGAAUGUAGAGUUGUUUGUGAAAAACUGAUUUUUAAAAAUGAAAAUGGAGAAUGUUUAAAGUCUCAAAGAAGAAAGAAGCUCGCAACAAAUGCCAAGAAUUAUAUCGAAUCUCUAGAUCAUUCUGUUUCUACUUCUAGUACAUCUUGUUCAAAUCAGUCAUCUGAUUCUUUCAAAAACUGUGUAAAAAUUACUCCAAAAUUACCAUUAAAGAAUGUAAUUGAAAAUGAUAAAGGAUAUGUAAAAGAAGAACACAAUUAUGUUCAUUUUAACAAUGGAGAAAAAGUUAAAGAUGAAUAUAAUUAUGAAGAUGAUCUCUGUGGAGACAAAUACAUAUCUUCAUCAACUUCGGAAAUGCAUCGAUAUACAAUUUGUAAAAGGAAAUUUAUGAAGGAACAUUUUUUAAAAAAAUAUUUAAAACUUCGUCCCAGGGAGAAACAUAAAUGUGAGAUUUGCAAGCAGGUUUAUUCGUAUAAUUUCGUGUACAAAUCACAUGUUUCUCUACACAAUGGUAAGCGACCUCUGAGUUGCAACAAAUGCAAGAAAAACUUCUUUUUUAAAUUUUAUUUACAAAGACACAAAGAAGUGCACUUAGGAGAAAUGCCUUUACGUUGCAAGAUUUGUAAAAAAACGUUUCAGUAUAAAUCGGACUUAAAAGCACAUCAAAAAGUGCAUUAUAAAGGGAAAUCUCUUAUGUGCAAGCUUUUUAAUAUGAGAUUUAAGUACAAUUUAGAUAUUUCACAUCACGUAAAUUAUUUUGACGACGAAUGCUUAUCGUCGACACCUGAUAAACAGGAUGUCGAAAGUGAGUCAGUUUUCAUCUGGGAUCAGAUAGAUAAUGAAGAAAGACCUUUUCAAUGUGAACAGUGUGAGAAACAAUAUAAAUUAAAAUCUAGUUUAAUACGCCAUCAAAAAGAACAUUCGGAAGAAGGAUGUUUCCAAUGUGAACAUUGCAAUAAAACUUACAAAUUAAAAUCAAGCUUGUUGCGUCAUCUGAAAGAGCAUUCAGAAGAAAAAUGUUAUUGGUGUGAUUUUUGUGGGAAAAGUUUUCAAAUAAGAUUGGAGUUUCUUAGACACCAAGCAUAUCAUUCGGAUGAUAAACUGUUUCAAUGCAAUAUAUGCAGAAAAAGAUACAAGACAAAAGGAAGUUUAAAACGACAUCAAAAGUUUCAUUUUAAUGAGAAUUUUCCACACUGCGUACAUUGUAAUAAAACCUUUAUAAAAGCAUCCGAUCUUAUCCAACAUCAGGUGUAUCAUCAUUCCAGAAACAAGAUUUUUCAUUGUGAUUUCUGUGAGAAAAGUUACGAAACAAAAUCCAGUCUACUACGUCAUAGAAAAGAACAUACGGAACAGAAACGCUUUCACUGUGGAUUUUGUAUAAAAAGUUUUCACGUAAAAUCAGAAUUUAUUAGACAUCUGAAGACACAUUCCGAAGAUAGACCAUUCCAAUGUCACUUAUGUGAUAAGAGCUAUAAAUCGAAAUCAGGUUUGCAGUGGCAUCAGAGUUUCCAUUCCAAAGACACGUCUUUUGAUAUUGUAACUCACGAAAAUAAUUUUCAGACUGUAUCAAACAUCGGUAACAUUCAAGAUAUUAAUUCCGAAAAUUCCCCUUUCGAGCUAGUAUCAUACAAAAAUAACUUUCAGACGAAGUCAGAUCUGGGCAUAUUUCCGAAAUGCCAAUUUGAGGAAAGAUCUUUUCAGUGCGAACUUUGCAAGAAUAAUUUUAAUUCGGAAGCAGAUUUAAUAAAUCAUCUGAAUACUCAUUCUAAAGAAAACCAAGGAACAUCAGCGAAUUCAUUCAAAUUUAGAAAUAUUGUUUUGGUGUGAACGGUGUGAAAAGAGUUUUAAAGAAAAACAAUUAGAAAAAUGAAAUUUGAAAAGUUACUUUAUAAAGAUUAUUAUACACACACUUAAGUAAUAAAGAUACUUUUUUUCAAAAUGUUGAUGAUGAUGAAUUAUGUUGUUUCGGAUAUUGAAUUACACUACGUAUCUUGUAUUGAUGAUACAGAUACUAUUUAACUUUAUCCAAAAAAAAAAGGAAUUUGGUUAAAUUUCUAAAAUGCUGCUGCUUGAUAUUGUGAAUGACAUUUUGAGCUGGUGGAUGGUGAAAGCUGCAAAAGCUGUUCUGUUCUGUUCUAUACACUAUAUUGUUAUCUUACAAGCGGGAUCAGUAUGCUAAACACAAUUUGACCUAAAAGAUGCAUUGCGCAUCUCACAAAAUAUUACUUCAAAAGUCUAAUCUCUUUAAAAAAUAGACAUAGGUAAACUUCUGAAGGAAAGUUGAGUGUUGUCACCAGGUUCAAUAAAGUAAAAUCCAUAUGAACAAGUCUGUCUUUGCAAAGAUCUACACACACACAUACAGGAGUCUCCUCAGAAGAUCCAGAGAAAGUUGAGGAGGAAAUUUUUACUGUCACAGAAGUUUACAAAAUGAGAAAUUCCAGUCACAUUAGUGACCAAAAAGCAAACACGUUUCUUGCCGAAAGUAAAAAAUCCUUAGUUUGCCCAGAUACUAGGCUAGGCAAAAAUGCUUGAUUUAUUUUAAACCAGGAACUAACUUUCAUUGUUUAGAUUGAUUGUUGAUAGUUCAUUUUUGACAGCUAUAAAAAUAUUUACAUUAUGAGAAAUUUAGGUUUAAAGAUAUCUUUCAACUUAAUUACUGGUGCUAAUAACACGUUUGUUGGACAAUUUAUUAAACAUUUUUGUUACCGGACAUAAAAGUUCUUCAAGGGUUGUCAAAUUUAGGUUUGAAUCUAGGUAAGAAAUUUAGGAAAUUUUAAUGCAGUGGUCUGAUUUGGAUAGUCAGACACCUUCAUUAACUUUUUCUGCCCUGCAGAUGCUAAGAGACAGUAUGUCAUAAAUGGCUGAAUGAAUGAUAGAAAUAGCUGAAUUUCAAGGAACAUGGUGUGAUAUUCAGACCUCAAGUCAUUUAUAAGCAUUUGAGCCAAUGUGACUGAGCAGAAGGUUAAUUUCAACAAUCUUGCCCAUCUACAGUAGCCAUUGACUGUUUUGUUGGGAUUGGGACUUUUGUCAUCAUGUAACUGAUCCCAUUACAUGGCUAUCACUAUCAGUGGUGUGCCGUGACAUUUGAUGAUAGGGAAACUGUGUUUCUGUAAGAAGCCGACUUUCAGGGGCAAUC